GUUGCAUUUACGGGGCGUGAUGGGGUGAAAAUUUCCUGUAGUCCUGCGGAAUGGGCUCGGAGCCGGAGGGCCGGUGCAAUCUCGUACAUUGACGGCAUGAUGCGGCGCAGCGCCGAAAGCCGCAUGCUGCAGAGUUUCUCUUCUGGAAUAUUAAAGAGCAAGGCACCGUGACCGGGUUGAUUGGAUGUAAACCAACCAUCCCAAUUCAAUUUCACAGUCUACUGUUGGCUGCACUAUCUCUUUCUUCCUUCGCCUCUCUCAUUCGUCCAAUCACCAUGCCUGUCACCCAGGAGCAAAAGGACUUCCUUGCCGCCAAUGGCUACGUUAUCAUCCGCGACUUCUUGAACCCGGAUGAGACGACCAGCCUGCAGAGCUGGGCUCAGGAAGUCCACGACUGGAAGCCUACUGAGCAGUCCGAAUUCAUGCCCUAUGAGGUAAACAUGCCCGUGCCUGCUGCGUGAAGCGAGACAGAGCCAAGCCGUUGAUGGCGUUUUGUAACACUUUUUUCUUUAUACUCUUGCAGGAAGUCAAUGACAAGGGUGAUCGGGUGCUCUGCAGAACCGAGAACUUUGUCGACUACCAUGACGGCUUCGCCAAGCUGCUCCGCGGUGAGAAGCUGCUCGGCCUCCUCGAAGGCCUAGCUGACGAGCCUAUGCUUCUCUUCAAGGAGAAGAUUAACUACAAGCUCGCUGGUAGCGGUGGCUUUGCGCCUCACAUUGAUGCCGUGGCCUACACCCACAUCAAGGAUGUCAAGCACCUGACCAUCCUGCUGAGCGUGGAUCCUUCCAACAUGGCCAACGGCGGUCUUGAGGUUGUUGAUGCCAGCCACAAGAUGGAUGUUCCUAUCAACGAAAAGUCCCACUGCAUCGAGGCCGACUGGGUCGACAACCACAAGUGGAUUCCCGUUGAGCUCGAGGCAGGCCAGCUUCUCAUCUUCACCUCCUACCUUGCUCACCGCAGCGGACCCAACACAUCUGCUGAGGACCGCAAGGCCAUCUACGCCACCUACAACCAGGCUAAGGAGGGCGACCUGCACAGGGACUACUACGAGAACCGUAAGAAGGAGUGGCCUGCCACGCACAUGCGUAAGGCUGGCGAGUCCUACGCCAGCGGUGCUUUGACCUAUGGAUUCGGCUCGCCCAUGCUGAGCGUCGACGAGGGCAAGCAGGUUGUGUUUUAAUCGUUGUUUCGUUUUUAUUGUAGGACCACCCUCGGUCGCGCUGGAGCUCACUGUUUGUUUCGGCCGCUAUUUUUGGACUUUGGUCGGCUGCUGAAUGUUGUUUUUUGUCUGGAGGAUACCUUGCAGCGCCGUACUGUAGGCAGGCAUUGUCUGGGAUAGCUUCCUGCUUCGCGAAUGCGUCCGAGCUGUUUAAAAACGAGGUCGGGACAAAAACUAGCAGAACGAAAAAGAAAAAGACAAAUAGACAGACGCAUGCUCUGUUCUGUAUAUUGGACUUAGUGCCGGCAUGAUUGCGUCAUAGGGCUCGAGCGACAAGCCGAAUCCCGUGCAAAGAGUUGGCGAGGAGGUGAGUGAAUGCAUUGGCCAUGACGCAAUGAGUGGGCAUUUUGCUAGGCUUUUCCAUGUGUCCGCGGGAACGGUCUAUUGGUUUCUUGCAUCGCAAACUUUUCAAUUCUGUGCUUGUGCUUGGCGAACAAACACCUUACUUGUAGGAUGGGCCUGGACGACUUCCAAGCUGUGCUUUGGCCGCCAAUGGCGUGUUUGUGCAAACGAAGAGACGGUUUGAUGUUUGUGGAUGCAGUAGCAGCACACAGGCUGCGCUUGGGACCCUUUUUUGAAUCGGAGGCGACGCCCCUCGUCAAUGAUCGAC